AUGUCCUCCGCUGAACGCCCCAUAACAUUUUUCGACGUAUCAAUAGGUGCAAAGCCUGUUGGUAGAAUUAUUUUCUCGCUGUACUCAGACCUUGUGCCCAAAACAGCAGAAAACUUCCGCGCGUUAUGUACCGGUGAAAAAGGAACAGGGCAAUCAGGAAAGCCUCUUCAUUACAAGGGUUCCGGAUUCCACCGUGUAAUUAAAUCGUUCAUGUGUCAGGGUGGCGAUUUCACUGCAGGAAAUGGAACCGGAGGCGAAUCAAUCUACGGAGAAAAAUUCGAAGAUGAAGCUUUCAAAGUUGACCACACGAAGCCAUUCUUACUCUCGAUGGCCAACGCUGGUAAAGACACGAAUGGUUCCCAGUUUUUCAUCACCACGGCCCUUACGCGUCACCUUGACGGGAAACACGUCGUUUUUGGAGAAGUGAUCAAAGGAAAAUCUAUUGUUCGCCAGAUUGAAAACUUCCCCACGAGCAAUGGAGACGUUCCGACCCAACCGAUCAUUAUCGAGGAUUGUGGUGUCCUCUCGCCGGACGAUCCGUCACUGACUGCAGAGCCUGCCGGUGCUGAAGGAGACCCGUAUGAGGACUAUCCAGACGACGAUGAUCAUGAUAUUGCCAAACCUGAGGUGGCCCUCGAAAUUGCGACCAAAAUUCGAGAGAUUGGCAAUCAGCUAUUCAAAGAGGGGAAACCAGACCUCGCCUUGUCGAAGUACCAAAAAUCCAUCCGUUAUCUGGACGUACACCACAAUUUGCCUGAAGAUGCGUCCGAAGAGCUCAAGCAAUCAUACAAAGCGUUACUUGCCCCUUUGCUUCUGAACUCUGCAUUAGCUGCCAUUCGUAUUCAACCUGCUUCUUCGGAGAUAGCAAUCAGGAGCGCUACACGAGCUCUAGAUUCUCUGGAACUUAGUGAUUCAGACAAAGCGAAAGCACUCUACCGCAGAGCUCUCGCCCAUGUCAUCACCAAGGAUGACGAUGAGGCCGAGAGGGAUUUGACCCAAGCAAGCAAUCUUGUUUCCGAGGACCAAGCCAUAGCAGGAGAACUUUCCAAACUUAGGCAGCGCAAAAAGGAAAAGCGGGAGAAAGAAAAGAAGGCUUUCAAGAAAAUGUUUGCCUAG